UGUUAGUGUUCUGUAGCUAUGAUUUUGUAGGUUAUGCAAACGUCAAAUGAAAGUUGAUAAACAGGAGAUUAUAAUUUAUCAGUGAUGAUUUAUUGUGACCACUAAUUAGCAAACGGAACAAAAAAACAUGUCCUCAACAGCUUCCACGAUGGAUCCCUGUGACGAAAUGUGCAAAAGCCUGGUGAAAUGGUUACAGAAAAUCCAACCUAAUCGGACGAGAACAGUUUCAGAGAUAUGCGAUGGAGUAGCAAUGGUAGACGCGCUGUUACAAAUUUCUCCUGAACAUUUCAACAAAUUGGACACGAAAAUCAAGCGAGAUGUUGGUGCUAAUAAUUGGAGAUUACGAGUUAGUAAUCUGAAAAAGAUCGUCGAAGCUGUGCUUGAGUAUUAUCAAGAUGUACUCACAUUGCAAAUAUUGGAAAUAGGUCGCCCAGAUGUUGGAAAAAUUGGGGAGACUAACGAUGUCGUGCAAUUGGGUAAACUAUUGAGAUUAAUACUAGGAUGUGCAAUAAAUUGUGAGAGAAAACAAGAUUACAUAACUAUGAUCAUGGAAAUGGAAGUAUCUGUCCAACAAAACAUAAUGCAAGCCAUUCAGCAACUCGAAGAAGUCACUGGUGGGCCUGGACGUUCUGGCUUGAGUUUGUUGAUAUUGGAUAGUGACACAAGGGUAUUAAAGCUUGUCAGCGAUCUGGAAGCUGCAAAUAAGGCAAAAGAAGAGCUAACUCACCAAAUCCAAAGCUUGGAGCAACACAUACAACAUCUGACAGAUGAAAACAAGGAGCUACAAGCACAAAACCAUCAGCUGCUUGAGAAAGAUGCCCGGAACCCGAUGGAGCAUGCCAGAAAACAGAUCGAGUUGCUCAAAGAGGAGCUGUUCAAGGCGGAAGUUAUUCGAGAUGACUUCAAAGCUAAGUUGCUUGAGCAGGAAAAGCAGAUGCUUGCGUAUCAAGAGAAAAUAAACGAGCUUCAAAUAGCUGCCAGUGACUCGAGUAGACUGAAAGAUGAAAUAGAUGCCUUAACCGAGUCUGCUGGAAAGGUUGUGGAACUGGAAUUAGCUCUUGCUUCAUACAAGAAGCGAUUAGAGAACUAUCAGGACAUUAAGCGUAAUCUGCAAAAGCUUGAAGAGCAGAAUAUGGAGUAUCUACAGAAGAAUCUUGAAUUGGAAGAGGAAUUAGCGAAGAAUAAUACAUGGAAGGCGCAAUGUGACGCAUAUAAGACUCAAGUAGUUGAACUUCAGCAGAAACUAGAUGAAGAAACGCAAAAGGCUGACAAAGCUUAUUUCAAUUUGGAAAAGUUGAAGGCGAAGAUGGGAACUUUGCAAGGAGAGAAAGAAAGGCUUCUCCUGGAAAGAGACUCGCUGCGCGAGGAAAACGAAGAACUUCGGCUAGACCCUAAGGGCGAAUCAGGAGCCGCAAUGUCCCAGGAACUGACCCCGGCAGACCUCAAAGAGCGCCUUAGGUUCCUGGAGAAGGAGAACAAGACUCUCAGGAGCCAGAGCCAGGAGAUCGAAGGCAAACAAAUCCAGCUGGACAGCGCGCUAAGCCGCAUAGAGAAGCUUCAGCAACAGAACAGGACAUUGAAUCAGACGGUGCUGAAGCUGGAAGCUCAAUUGGACGAGGUGAAAAAUAAACAAGUGGAAUCGGCACCCAGCAGUAGUUCGUUAGUACGGGAGUACAAACAGAAAAUUACGAGCCUGGAGAGUGAACUUCAGUCGAUUCAGGCGAAGUAUAACAGGGGUAUUGAGAAAGCUCGCGAAGUAGCCCAACACCUAGAACUAAAGCCAAACGGGGACCUAGAUGGCUCCAUGAGACAUCCGCUGAUGAAAGAGCAAGAAGAAAAGCUCUUAACAACUGCCUUCUACCGCCUGAGCUCCAGCUGUCACCGAGAGGCGAUUGACGAAAGACUGAGUGUGCUGAGUGUAGGCACUGGGCAAUCUUUCUUGGCUCGCCAGAGGCAACCUACGCCCAGAAAGCAAAUACAGAGGUAUAAAUCGAAGUGAACGAAUUUCUAUUUGUAGCAUGCCCUGUAUGCUAAAAUUAUUUGAUAGUUUUCUCUUUAGAGUGCAUUUUGCUUCGAGUGGCUAUUGAUAAAUGGAUGAAUAUGCGGAAUUUCGGAUUUUAAUAUUAACAAAAAAUUCUUAAGCAAAUCGACAAAUUGAGGAAAUAAGCCAUCCAAAUAGUGUAAAAUAUAAUGCUUUAUUUGGAACAUAAUAUGAAUUUGGAUAGCCACAACGUGCUUGACAAUUAAUAAAAUGUAUACUCCCAUGGCGUGGUUCGUUCCCGAAUUUCACUACAAAUAUCAUCAGUUCUCUGUAUGUGUAACUGAUAUCACAUUAUAUGAAUACUCUUUUUAUUGCUACAUACUCAUUGCUCAUUUUCAUGAAAACCAGCCACCCUAAGUUAGUAUAAAUGCUUAAAAAACUCGUUUUUAUUAAUCAAAUCCAAGCGAAUAACCAAAAUUUCUGUGUUAUGUGCCGCGGUUGUAAUAUGGUUCAAGAUGACACACGGGUUAAUGACGUCAGUUACACGAAUCGCUUGAACGCGUUGGUUUUAACCGCGGUUUUGUUGCAAGUUGUUUAUUUUAGAAAAGCGCGUAUAUAAUCUCUUAUUAUUUUUAUUAUCACUUAAUAAUCGGUGCUUUUUCGUCUACAACGGUGUAUAGAAAGUUUAAAUAAGAAACCUUUCAUAAUACUCAUGAGAGAAAUGUUUUUUUUUUCAGAAAAAAAAUUUAAUGAUGGAACCACGGCUUUGUAGCUAUGUUAACCGUCAAUUCUCUAAAGUUUUCCGCAUGUCAAAGGAAAACAUUUAUUAAUUUAGCAGAAAUGGUGAAAAGCGAUGAAAAAAGAUAUUAGCAAAUCCGUAUACAGGUGGACAUCAUCCAGUGAGUUUAUAUGGCCAUAUUUUAAUAAUCUUGUGGUAUAUGGCUACACAGGAUACUUUUUUAAGCAUAGAAACUAGAUUUAAAGUGUUCCCAACAACAGUAAUGAGUAUAACUAAUAAGGUGCUCCACUUUACGCUAACACUGAAGUCAGCCUGUAUCAAGUUUCCCAAAAAUGAAGCUGAAGUGCAAUAACAAUAUCCAAUACCCGGCAAAAUUCUAACUUGUCACAUUUCAAAUAAUAACCAGAAAUAUAAAACUACUCCUGAGUUGGGUAAAUACCACAAUUUUGCGGUGAUAACUAUGACGUAUAACAGCUGAUUCAUGACGUCACGGAUCUUAUAACCAAACUGAUAAAAACACUCGCUUGAACGGAUCGGUAAAUACCAACCCAAAAUGGUAAAUACCAUUUCCAUUUGGUUAUCCGCUUGAAUUUGAUUAUUGUUUCCUAAAAAUUGUGACACCAUAAUCGUGGGCUUAAAGCUAAAACUGACCAAGUCUAAAAUAUCAAUUCUCGGUAAAUACAGUUUUAAACUGACACCAAAUUUAUAUAUAAUAAUUGCCAAAGAAAGUUUUUUCCACAGCAGUUCAAUUCAUGCGGUUUUUUGAUUUAUAAUUUGAUCUUUUAAUAUAACCUACAAAUAAAAUAAAAAAAUCAGACAUUGCAUUUUGUUAUUGGAAAAAGUGACUUGAUCAUUUUUUCUGAUUUUUGAAAUAUCAAAAUAUAUAUAUAUUUUUUAUUGGCACUAGGACUAUGUCCCAUUAACCAGAUCCUUUUUUACAAUUUAAACUUCUCUAACUAAUUAAGGAUGAAAUUGGACAGGGAUACACUCUUCUCACCUAAGGACCCAUUCAGGCAUUUUCAGAAUACGACACACAACAAUUAGGCCACGGUUAGGUCGGUAAAUUACAGAGGAUAGUUACACAGAGGAUAUCUAGCUAAUCAAAACUAAAAUUUUAACCCAGAGAUUUUUUAAAAGUCAAUUAUCAGACACGUAACAUCAAGUCUAUUCAAAGCUAGAAUGUGGAGAACAUUAAAUGGUGAAAUAAGGCCUAAGCCAAUCAGAUUAAGGUAGAGUCGAUCACAGUAUGGAGAUAACUUCAAACAGCCAAAAAAUAGAUGAUCCAAGUUCCCCUCAAUGUUGCCGUGUUCACAUAAGUUGGAAUCAAUAAUACGGAAUCUAGCUAGAUGUUUUGGAUAAGCUCCAUGCCCAAGUUUUGCUCUAAUAAUCAUAGAUAUUAUGUUUUUACGAGGAAUUCUAAAAUUUUUGUGCCAGUACGUUGUUGGGAUAUCAGGAUGUAUUAAAGUAUACCUCGUUGGGUUCGUAAAGCCGAAUUCCUUCCAUUCUAACGUCCAGCUUUUAAACAGGAUUUGUUUGGAUAAAAUAUUAUAAUCUUCUUUGGAAAUUUGUGUCUGGAAUACAGAUCCUGUGUAGAUGCUUGAUUUUGCGAGUUGGUCAACUUUUUCGUUGAAUACGAUUCCACAGUGUGGCUUGACCCAUACAAAUGCAACCGUGCUUCCACUUUCUUUCAAGUGGCAGAUCCUAUGUUUUAUUUGAUUUAUGUGACAAUUCCUGGUCCUUGUGCAAUCAUAAUUUUGUAAGGAGGAGAGAACGGAGAGACUAUCGGAAAAAAUUGUAAAUUCUUUCAAGUUACUACUGCUUGCAUGUUUCAGAGCUUGGAUAAUCGCCACUGCUUCGGCUGAAAAAAUAGAUACUUGGUCGGGAAGUUUAAAGGUGUCUGUGUCAGUACUGGGUAUAUAAUAUGCACAUCCGGUUCCGUUCAGAUUCUUGGAUGCGUCUGUAAAGAUCUGGGUACCCCACGGGGAAUGCAGGCACACCUGGUUGAAAAUGCGGAUAUUCAACAAUGGGAUGUCACUGUAUUCUGGUAUUCUGAUUCUGGUGUUGCACUUCUUCUCGGACAGAGAUCAGAUCAGGAUGUUUGGGUGCUGUUAUUUGAAUCUGUCUGGAAGCACUGCAUAGUGUGGGGGAGUUUUUGUUCAUCCAAUAUUUGUUGGUCAGACCUUCGGCGUUGAGGUGGCGUAACUUUACCAGUGUUUGUGAGUCGGUAAUCGUUUGUUUCACCAGGAAUCUCUCU